GUACGUCACAGUAUGUUGACGUGUGGCUAGCCCGUUAGCUCAGCACACACGCCCCUCUUCAUUGCGGUUUCUUUUAGACCCAGAUUUAAUUUUUAGGUUUUAUAAAAAUCCAGAAUGGCAGCGGACUGGGAGGAAAUUCGGCGAUUGGCUGCGGACUUCCAGCGAGCACAGUUUGCAGAUACGGUGCAAAGGCUGUCAGAGAGAAAUUGCAUUGAGAUCAUUAAUAAAUUGGUGGAGGACAAGAAACUGGACGUGGUGCACACUUUGGACGGUAAAGAGUACAUCACCCCGGCUCAGAUCAGCAGAGAGAUCCGGGAUGAGCUGUACGUGCACGGGGGACGUGUCAAUAUUGUGGAUCUACAGCAGAUCAUUAAUGUGGACUGGGUGCAUGUUGAGAACAGAGCCAGUGACAUCGCCAGAUCUCAAGGCAUUCAGCUUAUUUUGGGGCAACUUAUUGACGAUGGAUACCUGGACCGUUUGGCUGAAGAGGUGAAUGACAAACUGCAGGAAGCUGGUCUGAUAAGCAUAGCAGAACUGUGCAAGAGCUAUGACCUGCCGGGUGACUUUCUCACUGAGGAGUUGUCUAAGCGUCUGGGGAAACUCAUCCAGGGAGAGAUGGACCAGUACAACAGAGGCAUCAUCUUCACUCAGGCUUUCGUGGCCAGACACAAGGCCAGAAUACAGGGUCUCUUCAGUGCCAUCACACGGCCGACACCUGUCAGCAGCAUGAUCGGGGCAUUUGGAUUCCAGGAGCAUCUCCUCUACUCUGUCCUGGAGGAGUUGGUAAACACUGGACGUCUGAAAGGAACGGUUGUUGGCGGCAGACAGGACAAAGCUGUUUAUAUCCCUGAUAUUUAUGCCAGAACACAGAACGCCUGGGUGGACUCUUUCCUCCAACAGAAUGGAUAUUUAGAGUUUGAUGCUCUGGUAAGGCUGGGCAUCCCUGACCCCAGCUCCUACAUAAAGAAGCGGUACAAGUCCAAUAAACUGUUGUUCCUACGAGCAGCCUGUGUGGGCCAGGGCUUGGUGGACCAGGUGGAGGGGUCUGUGGAGGAGGCAGUCAGCUCGGGCUCUUGGACUGAUAUCCAGCCCAUUCUGCCGAGCUGCCUGUCUGAGGAGGACGUGGGCAUACUGAUAAACCAGGCCAUGAGGAACAUCAACGCCCAGUCUUCUGCUCGAAUCCUGGGAGGAACUGUAGUGGUUAGUGAGAAGUUCCUCAGCAGCUGCCUCUCUCUGUUUGAUGAAGCCAUGCAGCAGAAGGCUUUGAAGGAGGUUAAGAACAACCCAGUGUUUCUGAUCACAGAAGAUGACAUGAAACAGGCCUCCAUGUUGUCUGAGAGCUCUGCCCUGUCUAAAAAGGAGAAGAGGGAAGCAGACCGCAGGAAGAAGGCAACAGAGGGGAGUGGCAGUGUGAAAGCAGGUGGUGGAGGAAAUGCCAGAGAAAUCCGGAUACGUAAAACCAAAAAGAAGGGCAGGAGAGAUGACGACAGUGAUGAAGAAACUGGGUCUACUCAGCAGAAUCGUAACAAACAGACUGAAGUCCCAUUCAUGGCAGAGGAUGAGAUCAUAACUGUGUUGGAGCAGCGCCUCACAGACUGUCCUGAGGACAUCCUCUCAGAGCUGGCAGAGCAUCUGCAGCGGCCUCUGACUAAAAACUACCAGGAGGUUCUGCGCACAGUCUUCAUGUCGUCCAGCAGCUCUCCAUCAGGCCCCAGCAAAAAAAAGAGCAUGAAGGACCUGCAGGAGGAGAUCUCUAGUCUCUACAACAACAUCCGGCUCUUUGAAAAGGGCACCAAAGCCUUCUCAGAUGAGACCCAGGUGCACAUUGCUAAACAUGUGCUGAAAACUGUGUGCACAGAUGUGACCAAUAUCCUGGUCAACUUCCUGGCUGCAGACAUGAUGAUGUCUGUGGAGAACCCCAGCUCCAUCACUCCUGAGGUUCGACUGAAGAUCGUUGGAAAACUCCCAGAUGAGACAAAAGGGCCCCUGAUGAAACUGCACAAUGCUCUUAAUGGAAAAUCUAUUGAAGAUUUCCUGACAAAUAUCGAGAGCUCCGCAGAGGUGUGUGGCUUUAUGCUGAAGAAGGCCGAUAAAAAAAAGGAGAGACAAACCCUGUUCGUGCACAGACAGGCCCUCCUGGAGCAGCUCAGGGACACAGAGGACCCUGCUCUGGUUCUACACCUCACCAGUGUGCUGCUGUUCCAGGCCUGUACCCAGAACAUGCUCCAUGCCCCGGGCCGCUGUGUGCCCCAGAUCAUCGGCACGCUCACCGGACGCAUCUCUACGGAGCAGCAGCAGCUGUUGACGUCGUACCAGAGCCUGGUGGUGAAGCAGCUGGUGAGCCGCAAACAGGAGGAGGGAGGAGAAGGGGACCAGCCAGAUGAGGAGACCAAGGAGAUCCGAGCCCAGAUCCAAGCUCUGACCCCACAGGUCAAAGAGCUGGUGACGGCUCAGAAGAAGACUGAAGAAUAACUCUGUGCUCCAGACUGUACUUAAACCCUUGUGGAAGUAAUUCACAAAAUGAUUUCAGGCAAAUCUCUGUGUGGGAUGUCUCCUGUCUACUCAAAUCCUCAAUGAGGCCCUGAUGUCCAAAUAGUCAUUAAAAGCUUACCGUCUUAAGUGGA